AUGAAGUCAUUAACAUUUCUGUUAUUCUUCUCACAAUCUACAACUGAAAUCCUUUCCCCAAAGGAUGCGACAUGCUCUUUGGUUUUUGCCUUACAAUCUACUUUUGAGGAUUUCUCACCUGGUCUUGCCAACCUCUCCUUGGUCUCUGCCUCACAAUCUACUUUUGAGGUUUUCUCACCUGGACUUGCCAACUUUUCCUUGGUCUCUGCCUCACAAUUUACUUUUGAGGUUUUCUCACCUGGACUUGACAACCUCUCCUUGGUCUCUGCCUCACAAUCUACUUUUGAGGUUUUCUCACCUGGACUUGCCAACUUUUCCUUGGUCUCUGCCUCACAAUCUACUUUUGAGGUUUUCUCACCUGGACUUGACAACCUCUCCUUGGUCUCUGCCUCACAAUCUACUUUUGAGGUUUUCUCACCUGGACUUGACAACCUCUCCUUGGUCACUGCCUUACAAUCUACUUUUGAGGUUUUCUCACCUGGACUUGCCAACUUUUCCUUGGUCUCUGCCUCACAAUCUACUCUUGAGAUAUUCUCACCUGGACAUGCCAACCUUUCCUUGGUCUCUGCCUCACAAUCUACUUUUGAGGUUUUCUCACCUGGACAUGCCAACCUUUCCUUGGUCUCUGCCUCACAAUCCACUUUUGAGGUAUUCUCAUCCGGACUUGCCAACUUUUCCUUGGUCUCUGCCUCACAAUCUACUUUUGAGGUUUCUCACCUGGACUUGACAACCUCCUUGGUCUCUGCCUUACAAUCUACUUUUGAGGUUUUCUCACCUGGACUUGACAACCUCUCCUUGGUCUCUGCCUCACAAUCUACUUUUGAGGUUUUCUCACCUGGACUUGACAACCUCUCCUUGGUCUCUGCCUCACAAUCUACUUUCGAGGUUUUCUCACCUGGACUUGACAACUUUUCCUUGGUCUCUGCCUCACAAUCUACUCUUGAGAUAUUCUCACCUGGACAUGCCAACCUUUCCUUGGUCUCUGCCUCACAAUCUACUUUUGAGGUUUUCCCACCUGCACUUGCUAAUCUUUCCUUGGUCUCUGCCUCACAAUCUACUUUUGAGAUAUUCUCACCUGGACUUGCCAACUUUUCCUUGGUCUCUGCCUCACAAUCUACUUUUGAGGUUUUCUCACCUGGACAUGCCAACCUUUCCUUGGUCUCUGCCUCACAAUCCACUUUUGAGGUAUUCUCAUCCGGACUUGCCAACUUUUCCUUGGUCUCUGCCUCACAAUCUGCACUUGAUGUCAUUUCUUCUCUUUCCUGUGUGUCUGCUCUACAGUCUACCAUUGGAAUCUUUUCUCUUCGUGUUCCCUGCUGUUGCUUGAUAUCUCCCUCACAAUCUAUCAUUGAAAUAUUUUGUCUUGAUAUUACAUCACUCCUCUUUGUAUCUGUUUCACAAUCAACCAUUGUAUUUAUUGCCACUUCAUUUCCAAAAGUCAUUUUCCUUAGCCUUUGCAACUUUUUUUCGUCAGUUUUAGAGAUGACUGGCAGUGGAACUUUUCUACCUGUUACAUCCAUACUGUGUUCAUCAUACAAACUUUUCAUAUCAUUAAAUUGUUUUCUUUGCAUACACUCCACUCCCAUGGCACCUUGA